AACCUUAUACUUUUGUUGUUUCAGACAUACCGGAUUUUUAAAUCAACAAGUACAUGCUGACUUCUUUGCGGAGAAAGAAAAUGGAUCCUUAUAAAUACAGACCCGACAUUGUUCAUGAGGCUCUCCGUCGAAUCAUGGAUACCCGACUUUGCAAGGCUGGUAGACUACAUGCUGUGUAUAUUAGAACUGAUGAAGGGGUGCUCAUUAAAGUUGAACCACGUGCUACUAUACCAGAAUCGUUGGAGAAGUUCUGUUGUAUGAUGUCACAAUUAUUGCAAAAGUUCAGCAUUAAAUCCACGGGUGGACGUGGAAGUCUCUUGCGUGUGGUUAAGAACCCUGUAGCUCAGCAUUUACCUGCCAAUUCCCUCAAGAUAGGUCUUUCUUUGAGUUCGCAAAAGGCAGUUGACUUACGGGAUUAUGUACAUGAUGUCAGCGAUAAUGCCAACCUUGUUUUCGUGGUUGGUGCAAUGGCUCACGGGAGAAUUGAAAGCGAGAAUGUGGAUGAUAUCAUAUCAGUUUCUGAUUAUCCGUUGAGUGCUGUGGUUUGCCUGGAAAGGAUAAGUAUGGCAUUAGAGAGAAAGUGGAACAUUCUGUGAAUCAGUUAUGAUUAGUAGUAUUAUUGCUCAUGUCUGCAGCAGAAACAAAUUUCGUCUUGAGAGUAAUAUUGUGGUAUUGUUUGGUUUUGGAUUACAAUACAAUAAUCUUCUUGGGUUUAACAGGAUGAAUCGAAUUAUGUAUCUUUCUGCGGAGAUUUUGUUUAAUUUAUAAGAAAGUUGGUAUUUUAAAAAGAGCAGGGCUUGGCUACUAAUACUAUUUGAGUGUACAAAUGAUAUGUAAAUGAUAUAUCCAGAGUAUUCGGAUAACUACAUAUCUCACUUGUUUGA